UAGUUGCAUGAGAGGACGAAACCCUUGGGGAGAUAAAAUCAGGUAAAAAUAUUAAGUGACAACUGAGCGCUAGUCGCCAGCGAGCGACGAGAGAGUUUGGAGUCCGAAUCCUGAUUCCCAAGUGGGUUUAGUUUCUCCUGAGCCUGGUCAGAGUAAGGGUGUGCGCUGCCAGCUCUGCGCCAUGGUGUGUGAGCCAGCGUUGUGUAGACUCAGCCAGGCCCUCGCGUCGCCACUCGCCCCGAUGUGAUGCGGCCGCAGGACAAGACAAUGAGGCUCAAGAUCCGUAAUUUGGUGCAGCAAGCUGCCGUGGCCUGCGUGGGCCUGACUUUGUGUGUGUUAAUACUCCAAAAUUUAGCUCAUAGCCUGCGUGACUCUGCGGCGACAGCGGAAAGGCCCAGCUCGCCCAAGUUCCUCCCCGUGCAGGCGUGGCCGGAGCGCGCCCCAAGGUCCCUGGGCAGAGACUAUGAGGUGGCCGCCGGGGCGAGCGACUCCAACACUAUCCUGGGGGAGGGAGAACCCUCGGGAGGAAGGAGAGAAGAGAAUCUGGAGGAGGAAGAGGAGGCCAAACAGAGACGUCUCUUAAAUACCUUAGUAGCAACGGCUACUGCCCAACCCUCCACCAGCCUUGAUGACCUCUUUAUCACCGUCAAGACGACUCGAGGAUUCCACCACACGCGCCUCGACCUCAUCCUCAAGACGUGGUUCACCCUGGCGCGGCAACAGACUUGGUUCUUCACGGAUGUUGAGGAUGAGGAGUACCAGCGGAAGACAGGCGGGCACCUCAUCAACACAAACUGUUCGGCGUCCCACAACAGACGUGCGCUCUGCUGCAAGAUGGCCGCGGAGUUUGACGCUUUUCUACAGUCUGACAAGAGGUGGUGGUGUCACUUCGACGACGACAACUACGUCAAUGUGGGCCAGCUGGUAACGACCCUGGCGGACUACGACCCCCUGCAUGACUGGUACCUCGGCAAACCCUCCAUCCGUGCCCCGCUCGAGAUCAUCAACAGGGACAACGUUUCGCAACGCAUCUCCUUCUGGUUUGCAACGGGCGGCGCGGGGUUCUGCAUCUCCCGCUCCCUCGCCCUCAAGAUGAUGCCCAUUGCAGGUGGAGGCAAGUUCAUCAGUGUGGGGGAGAAGAUAAGACUGCCUGACGAUGUUACCAUGGGAUAUAUCAUUGAACAUCUUUUACGCAAGAAACUGACGGUGGUAGACGAGUUUCAUUCUCACCUUGAGCCGAUGAGACUCCUCAACACAGACUCCCUCGACCGACAGGUGAGCUUCAGUUACUCGCAGUACGGGACGGAGAUGAACGUGCUGCCCCUGGACGGCCUCGACCCGCGCCUCGACCCCACCAGGCUGCUGUCCCUCCACUGCAAGCUCUUUCCCAACUUCAGCUACUGCUCCGCUUAGCCUUGGUGGAGGAGGAGGAGAAAGGAAAGCAUUGCCACGACGUCACCAGAGUACCGAGCGAGCGUGGCUAGUCUGGUCCAGCGCUGUGCUUCUGUGAUAUGGAGGGAGAGCUGCUCAAUACAGCGGAGAGAGAGAGAGAGAGAGAGAGAGAGAGAGAGAGAGAGAGAGAGAGAGAGAGAGAGAGAGAAUCAUGUUCUAAUCACACACUUUUAACGCAAGGUUGUUUUUAUUUUAUGUAAAGAUUUUGUUUUCACUGCUAAUUUUCUUCUCCCUCCAUCCCUCGUCUUUUAUUUUUUCCACUGUUUUUCUUUGUUGUGUUAUUAUAUACCUGAGAUCCUUAUUACUUCCCUCUUUUCUUCGUUCCUUCUUUAUUUUUUUCCUUUUUUCCUUCCUUCCUUCCUUCCUUCUUCCUCAUCUUCUAUUUUUCAGUGUUUGUCUUAUUGUGUUAUUUUAUAUUUGAAAUCCUAAUACUUUCUCUCUUUCUUUCUUUCGUUUCUUUCUAUCCUUCCUUCCUUCCUUCCUUUUUUCCAUCCUUCGUCGACGUCUUCCAAGUAUUUGCUCACAACCUCCUUCACUGCCUUCCUUCAAGUCAGUGUUGAUUCUCCACAUUAUAUUAAAAAAGACAUUAGCGAGAGAGAGAGAGAGAGAGAGAGAGAGAGAGAGAGAGAGAGAGAGAGAGAGAGAGAGAGAGAGAGAGAGAGAGAGAGAGAGAUGCUAGUCACACGUACAUGCACCCAGGUGGGACAGCAGCGUACAUAUAGGUUUUGUGUACCCCUGAAACACACACACACACACACACACACACACACACACACACACACACACACACACACACACACACACACACACACCCUGCUGCACUGUGAUAUACGUAGAGUGCCUCAUUUAGCGAUCCAUUGCACCUUUGUCGCUAAAUUUAUUCCUCUUUUUUAUAAUCUCAUUUAUAAAUUUAUAUUCCUUUCUGUAAUCUCAUUUAUACAUUUAUAGGAAUGUUGAAAUUUUAAUGGAGUUUUAGUGGACUAGAAUAUAUGGCUGAUGUAUAUUUGUAAAUAAAAUGUAUGAAUGAUG